CUGUCAAAGGGAUCGAUUUCCGCUUCCGUUUGUUAACCAUGGCGGCUUGGAGGAGUCUGGCGGGCGUGCAAAGGUUGCUGGGGUUACCGGGCCUGGCGGCCCGCGCGGCCUCCUCCGGGGGAGCCGUCAACACCGCCGCCCUCCAGGUGCCCCCGGGCUCGACCCCGGCCCGAGUGGCGCCUGCGCACGAGGAAGACGCCGAAGAGGUCCCUCUUUUUGCUGAGAAUCCAGAUUACCAUGGCUUCAACAGCAAUCCUGUCAUCGAUGUGUGGAACAUGAGAGUGGCGUUCUUUUUCGGCAUAUCCCUUGCCAUUGUGGUGGGCGCUACCUUUGUACACUACCUGCCUGACCGUGGGAUGGACAAGUGGGCCCGCCGAGAAGCCGAACGAAAGAUAAAGGAGCGGGAAGCACGAGGGCUCCCCCUCCUUGACGCCAAUUACUACGACCCCAGCAAGAUUGUGCUACCCCCGGAAGAUGAGGAAUGAACCUGUUAGUGUCUGUACGCUGAGAAUAAACCUUCCAGAUUGUCUGCCCCUG